CUAAGAACAGGAUAAUUAGUAUUUGUUGUAUGCAUUACCCUGUGUGUCCUGGGUUCACGUGAAAUUCCUGAUAAAAUAAACCGUGCUGAAGCCAAACAUCUUGCAGUCACCUCAGGAUCAGACAAAACAGAAAGAACAACAAAGCGGUCCAGGAUAUCAACCAUAAGGCGGAUAUUUGACAUGGCAAAACACCGAACAAAGAGGUCAUCCUUUUUCUCAACUGGUGUGAAAGUUUGCCCACAAGAAUCAGUGAAGCAGAUUUUAGCCAGUCACCAAGCUUACUAUAGAUUAAGAGUCUGCCAGGAAGCUGUGUGGGAAGCCUUUCGUAUUUUUCUGGAUCGGAUUCCUGAUACUUCUGAAUAUCAGAACUGGGUUACUGCCUGCCAGAGAGAAACCUUUUGCAUAUUCGACAUUGGGAAAAACUUCAGCAAUUCCCAAGAGCACCUGGAAAUAAUUCAACGGCGAGUAAAACAUAGAACCUUCCAGGAAAGGAAAGAUGAAAUAUCAGCAGAGAAAACAGGAGGCAAAAAGGUGGAAGACAUUCCCUCUGUUUCUACAGGCUCUCCUGGCAUACCCCUCUCUCCGUAUGCACCUAAUGGCACAUUGCUCAAUGAAAUUUUCAAUGACACAAAGACUCCUGUGAAGGAGCUGGGAACAAAUGCAGUCCCUGAAUUGCCUGUGGAGCAAAUGGUGGAAUUCAGUGUGACUCUCACUGAUCAGGAGUACACAGCUGAACUUAGUGACCCCAACUCCCCAGAGUACCAACAACUAGCUGCCAAAUUUCAGCUACAGAUGAAAAAAAUAUUUGAGAAACUUCCAGGAUUCAAAGAAAUCCGUGUGUUAGGAUUCAAACAGAAGAAGGAGAAAGAUGGAUCCAGCAGCACAGUAGCACGAUACGUGGUGAACUUUGAGAGAGAUGGCUCAGAAACCAAAGGCACAGCAGAUGACAUCUCAACUAUUGGAUCUAAUAAGGUCGAAAGCGAAAAAAUACCAAUUUCUCCAGUUGAAGAGAGAGAAAUAUCAGCAACCAAACUGACAGUGACAGACCUUCAGCAGCUGGUUGCCACUGCACUGCAUGAAGACCAGUCCCUGCCAGUGGAUCUUGGAACACUUCGGUUUACUGAUGAAGCUAUUAUACCACCUAGUGAUUUAGACAAUGAUAUCCAAGGCGUGGUCACUAUUCCUCUGGCAGGCCCUGAUUUGGAGGAACCCCCACUAGGUUAUCCCAGUCCAGCAACAGUGGGCCAAAGAGGAGAUGUAUUUGCUGAAUUUACAACUGAAAGCCCUGCUCUAAGUGAAGAAAUCAGCAUCCCUGAAGAAUUUAAUAAUUUCAUUACAUCUGAACCUGAUUUUCCUACCAAACCCUCCAGAGAACCAUAUCAGGACAGAUAUCCAUACACCCAAGUUAUUGCUACCGACCACCCAAUUUUCACAGUGCCUUUCAGUGCUCUGGGUAGCACCAGCAGUCCUCCAGAAUCAGAGGAUUCCUACUCACCUCCCCCAGCAGAUGACUCGGCUGGCAAGGAUGCCCCCGCGGCUGGCGAUGGGUCUCCGGUGGAGCUGGCCACCGCGGGCAGCCCCACCACUCCCGAUCUCCUGCCCGCCGGAGACGGGGAGAGGGAAGCUGAAGAGAAGCAAGAACUGACUGACAUAGCAGAACCUCCUUUCGAGGAAGUGGACCAAGACAGCCUGUCUGGACAAGCAGUUAAGAUCAUGGAAGAACCAGAAUCAUCAGGUGAUGACAUUUUUGUUACAUCCAGCACUUAUGAAGGGUUGCCUUUCUUCACUGGUCCAAGUGAUGUCUCUACCGUGCAGCCUGGAGCUGUCAUUACAGAUGUGCUGCCAUCAGUAGCACCGCUGCCCGCAGCCACCAGCAUGUCCUACAGCCCCUCUGAGAUCAUCGAGCAGUCCCUUGAGUUACCAGGCUCCUCAGCCCCAGCCCCUGAGGGCGUUCCUGCGGAUGGCACCGGGAUGGGCGUGCAGGACAUCGCUGCCGAGCUGGAUCAGAUGGGCGCGGCGAGCACGGCCGCGCUGGACGAGGGCGAGCAGGGCAGCGGCUACAUCCCCGUGCUGACCACGGAGCCUGCAGAAACCACCCCAGCACCGGUGCUCAAGUAUGUGACUACCAGCUCCAUGACCACUGCAGCCAAAGGCAAAGAGCUGGUGGUUUUCUUCAGCCUGAGGGUAACCAACAUGCACUUCUCCGAUGACCUCUUCAACAGGAGCUCGACAGAAUACAAAGCGCUGGAACAACAGUUCAUGCAAUUGUUACUUCCAUACCUUCAGUCCAACCUUACAGGUUUUAAGCACUUGGAAAUUCUCAACUUCAGGAACGGAAGUGUGAUUGUGAACAGCAAAAUGAAAUUUGCCAAGACAGUGCCAUACAAUAUCACAGAAGCAGUACACUGUGUUUUGGAAGAUUUCUGUGAUGCUGCAGCCCAGCACCUCAAUUUGGAGAUUGACAGCUAUUCUCUGGAUAUUGAGCCAGCUGACCAGGCAGACCCCUGCAAAUUCAUGGCUUGUGACAAGUUUUCCGAGUGCGUACUGAACGAGUGGACAAAAGAGGCCGACUGCCUUUGCAAGCCUGGCUACGCCAGCCAGGAUGGGCUGCCCUGCCGGAGCCUGUGCGAGCUGCAGCCCCAUCUCUGUGUCAACGGCGGCAAAUGUGAGCUGGUGCCAGGAAGAGGAGCUGUCUGCAGAUGCCCUGUACGUAGACACCAGCUUUACCAAGGACAGCGCUGUGCAAAAUUUGGUCCAGAACCCACACAACCCUUCACUUUUAAACUUCUCAUUCUUGGCUUAGGAAGCCUUGGUUUUCUUUUCAUCAUUUUAAUUAUUAAGAUAAGAAGAAAAUGCAAAAGAAACUCUAAUUUGCAAAGUCCUACUCUCAGCAGCUGCAAUUCAGAAAAUGCUGUAAGGAUUAAUCCUGCUUUCGAACACGAUGAAUCCCUAUCUAGCUUUUGUCACACGGCUUGCAGUGUAAGUGCUUGUCUCAGUUCCUCAGAGAUCCUUGAUCACCAAGCAUUACAUGAACUUGAAAACACAAUUCAACCUGGAGGUCACCAGAUGAGUUUACAAAACCAAGACUGA